ACGGACGUCACCACCUCCCAUUUUUUCUCUUCACGAGUGACCGACGGUAACUCUGCUGGGGUCAAAAGAGGGAGUUGAGAGCAAAGCUUUCUCUCUUUCUCUCGCUCCCUUCUCCACUCCCCUUUCUGGUUUCCUCUCCAUCCCCUCUCCCUAUAUAACCUCUGACACAGACCCUCUCUCCAUCAUCGUUAUCUUAGGGGGAAAGGACACAACAGCUGUUUACAACAGAGUUACACCUGUUUGAGGUUUCUUUGAGUUCAGGCAGAUUUAAGUUGAGUUUGUAAACUUUAUCAAACAGGCAUCGAAGCUUUCUGUCCAGCUGUGUUGACUGGAAAACCAAAACAUUCAGACUUCAGACAGACAAACUGCGGAGCUUUGACUCAAAGUCAUAAGAUCAUCAAUCAGCAGCCAGGUGAACAUGAACCAAUCAGCUCUGAUCCUCAGGACUGCCUUGCUGCUGCUGCUGCUGAUGUACGGCACAGAUGCAGAGAUGACAAUCGUAACCAGUAAGCAAGAUGUUCAGGUGGGAGAACAGAUCUUACUGUUGUGUAAAGCUGGGGCAGAGGGAGAUAUUACGUGGUCCAAGGAUGGCGAUGAGAUAGAUGAAGAAAAGGUGAAACCGGUCGAUGAAACCUCUUCCAAACUGAUCAUUAAGACGGCCACAAUGCAGGAUGCGGGCAGGUAUACCUGUCAUUGUGAGUUCAACAGCGGACACACUGAUAAAACAGACAAGCAGCUGUAUGUUUACGAGGGUCCAUCAUUUGGCCAAACCACCACAUACCACGAGUUCCUGAAGGACACAGAUGGUGUGGUGCCAUGCCUGGUGACUGGCCAGCCGGGUGUGGAUGUUCAGUGGUUCAGAAACAAGCAGGAAAUCCUUACUAAUGAGGGAGGCCAUAUGUAUCAGCUGCCUGACAACACACUUGUUAUUAAAAACGUGAGGAGAGAGGAUGCUGGGACAUACCAGUGUCGGGCCCAGAUCAGCGGAAGGCCCAUCUCUCAAAAUCUCUCCAUCUCUGUUGUUGUCAAUGCUCCUCCGACUGCGCGUCUGAGAGAAGAACAGAAAAAAGUGUUGGCCGGACCAGAAUCUAACGUUACCUUGCUGUGCUUGGUGGACGGUCAUCCACAACCCAACAUCAACUGGACCGUGCCCAACUCGAUUGAUCCUUCACGUCAUCACUUUAACUCAGACCGCAGCCAGCUAACAAUUAGGUCUGUGACCAGGGCCGACUACGGAGAGUACGUCUGCACCGCAACCAACAAGAUAGCUGAGAGCAGCGCUACCAUCAUGCUUCAUGUUUUCGAGGCCCCGGAGGUGUUUGUGUCUGCAGAGCAACAGAGUGUGUCAGUGGGUGAGAGUGUGUCUGUGUCCUGUAACGUCUCUGGUCAUCCUCAGCCUGAGCUGCACUGGCUCAACAAGCACAAUGGACACACAGUGGCCUCCUCUGGUCAUGUCCGUGUUGUUGAUGGUGCGUUGGUGAUUGAGGAGGUGUUGCCCUCUGAUGGUGGACUGUAUUCCUGCAUGGCUAUCAGCACCUCUGGAAAUGCAUCAAGAGAUGUUGCAAUACACACCGAGCCCGGUCCACCUCACUACCUGUCAGUCUCACCUGAACCGUCCUCAGUCCUCUUCUCCCUCAAAACUCUGCCCAUCAGUGGAGGGACACCGAUCACACAUUUUGCUCUACAGUGGAGGCAAAGUGCAGCAGAACAGUGGAAGGAAGCCAUGGUCCCAGCCUCAGAUCCUUUAGCUAUCACCCCGCUCAGGCAGUACACAUCGUACUCAGUGCGUUUGGCCGCCGUGAAUGCAGUGGGAGUGGGCCCGUUCUCAGACCCAACCAGCGUCCGCACACUGGGAAUACAGGGUGAACCAGACAGUCCAGUUUUGACGGCUGAUGAGAUGAAAGUAGAACGCAACUCUUUCUCUGUCCCUGUUAAACAGAGUGAUGAUGGUGGAAGUCCUCUGCAGCACUAUAACAUACGUUACAGACAGGAUAAAGAAGGUGCUGAGUGGAAAGAGAUGCAGCUAUUGCCCAGUACCGACUCUAUCUCCCUUGAAGAAUUGUCUUUUGGGUCAGGCUAUCAACUGGAGGUCGUAGCGGUCAAUAAGAAUGGGUCUUCCCUCCCCUCCAUGUUCAACUUCACCAUUGGAGAACAGCCUGUGAACAGCCGCAGUAUGACUAAAGGCAGUGUGAUCGGCGUCGUCAUGGUCAUCUUCCUGGUGGUGUUCCUGGUAGUAGACGCCACCUGCUGCUACAGAAAUCACUGCGGCCUGCUCAUGUCCAUCGCUGUGAAACUCUUUGGGUACAAAGUCCCAGGCCUCAAAAUGCUUGAAGAUGGAGAUGGAACCACAAACGGAGAAGUGAAGUUGAAGGGUAUAUCCACUCCAAGAAGCAGUACAGCAGGGAUUAAGACUACCGAGGGUGGGCAGCUCACUGAGGUCACGUGCGACAAGGCCUCCCUAACCAAACACGAGAAAAUACAGCCAGAUAGAGACCUGGACCACGCCAAUGUGUGAGACCACAAAACUGGACAAACAAGAAACAAGAAGAACCAACGAAUAAAUAAAGUAUAAAGAACAGGAGAAGAUAUCGAACAAUCACCCAGUCUUAACACAGCCAGCUGACUUCACGCUGGAUAUAACUGCCACUGGAAAAGUCCAACUUUACUGACAGACUGCAGGAAAACACUGAUGUCGCUGAGGUUUGCUCAAUCAGUUCAGACGUGUGUGCUGUUGGGGUGAGAGGACAGCCGGCCUGUGUUCAGCCCCUCCUGACAACACCGUCCUCUCCUCAGGUUGACAGUCUCCCUGCUUCCAGAUGACAUGAAGAUUGUCGAGACAGAAGCAGGAGAUUAUGUUGUUUUUAGGAGUAGUUUUAGGAGUAACAAUCUCCCUUGACAGGGUAAUCUUGAUGUCUGUGUUUUACAGGGUAAACGUUUUGAUGUUGUCUUCAAAUGCCCAUAUUUACACAAUGAAUGUUUACUGUAUUUUGAAUGUUGUGCACAGACACAAGAUCUUAUUUUAUAUUUACGCUUUUUGAAUCUUAUCAUAGAUAUCCUGUCUACUACAGACAUAUUUUUGGCAUUUAAACAUGUUUUUGCUUGUGUUUUCCUUAUAUGUUUUUAUUGUUAAGAGUGUUUUGUUACACUGUGUUGUUGAUUAAGGCUAAACAUCUUCUUUUUUGGGUUUAAACAACAUUGUAUCCUGAUAAAGACAUGUAUCUGAUUACAGUACAGUUCAGCAAAACUAAAGCUGACUAAGCUUAAUGUAAUUAUAAUGCACUGAUAUUUAUUGUUUUUCAACUACACGAGAGAUUUUACAUCUUGAGAGGCUUUGAACUUCAAGCCAUAUUGGCCAUGUUGGGCCAAUUUUAAUUUUAAGCUCUUUUAGUCAAAUCAUUUUAACAUGGAUGGCCACUAACACUGGCUACCAAGGGGACCUGUAAUUAAAGCAGCUCUUACCAUGCGAAACCUCCUUUAAAGUGCCUAUAAUAUUAUAUAUAUAUUUAAAGUCAUAUUAUUGCUUACAGUAAUCAAAUAUGUUUAAAUGGCGAUGGUUUAAGUCAAAUACUCGUCUGUUCUAAAGAAAAUAGAAAGUUUUGUAUAUCAUGCUUGCAGAUUACCAGACUUCAUUACUAUGCAGUGUGUUGUUGGUGUUGUUGUAAUAUUGUUUUGAACACUGUACAUGGUUGUACAUACUAACGUUGUCACAUUAUUGUGCCUGAUAAAAACAUAAACUGUAAAUCGGCUUUAUGUGAUUUGU